AUGGCUGCUGCAACCGAUGGGGAGAGUUCGCUGGUGCGAUCUCGCAUCUACUCUGUGAUAUCCGAGGCACGCGCUUCGCUGACGAAUCCAUCCAGGCCCUUCACGCCGAACGUCAAGGAGCGCCGCUCGCUGUGCGACGAGCGCAGUCAGCUUGUGGGAGGAAUGCGCACUGAAAUGAACUUGAGGGCGGGCUGUGUGGUGCGCCCGCUUCGAACGAUCGACGUCUCAAAGAAGUCCCCGUUGCAUGCGUCGUUGCGUGCGACGGCGGCUUCGGCAGCCGCCCUAUCCCAUUCCAUCGGCGAUGCGCAAGUGCUCACGCUCGAGCCACAGGAGGCCAGCACCCCAGGGCGCAGCAAACAGAUCCAUCACGACGACGAUCGAUGGUGGUUGUCGAUUGAAGAACUUCUGAACGAGCUCUGCAGUGGCGCCAGCGGGAAAGAGGAGCGAAUGUGUGAGAUUUGCGAAGACCUGUGGCGACACCUGAGCAUGCAAUGCGGCGACGCAAAGCCGCGCGCGCGCUGGCUGGGCGGCUGUGUCGGCCACCGUCGCUCGGGUCGCGUCGUCGAGGCGUGCGCUCGGCUGAUGCACCGCCCAGAUACCAAACUGCAGCUGCGCCUGGCCCGCCUCAUCCUCGCCUGUGAGCCAGACGCGCACACACUCAGUGCCGUGCUGAAGAGCGUGUUCAAGUUCUCGAAGGAUGAGCGCAACGACUCCUCCUUUGGAACGCUCGAGCUCUUGCCGCUCCUGAUGCAUCGACUGACCGCUGCCAUCUCUGCCGUUGUGGGCCCGCUGACCACGGCCACAGCUCGGACAUCCGAUGCGUUGCACAGCGAGGCUUGUUUUGAGGCUGCGCUCUACGCGGCGGCCGCCCUCAAGAACCUCUCGGCGGACACGGACAACGGCCGAGCUCUCACAAAGCUUGGAGCGGUUGGAGCGUUCACUCACGGCCUAAAGAGACUAUUAGCGUUGCUGCGAGAUUCAUCGCGCCCUGCGACGGCCUCGCUGCCCGCGACGGCCUCGCUAGUCCGCUCAGGGGUUGACCAGUCCCUCGCCGGCCGACGCGAGUGCCGGCUCCUCUUGCAGCUGACGGUGGCGUUGCGCAAUCUCGCCGUGAUCGGAGGCGCCGCGAACGGAUUUGUCGUUUGUGGGGCAGUUGAGGUGCUAUGCGACACAAUGGGAGCAGUGCCGUUCGACGCAGACGUGUCCCUCGCUUGCGCUCGUGUUCUCGCGAAGCUGUCCCUCGACGCUGAGGCGCCUCGCGCCACCGGAGGCAACGCCGGCUGCGCGGCCAAGGCUAUGCGCGAGCACAGCUUGGAGCCAUUAUCCGCUCCGGGUGUCGUGGCAUCGAGUGGCUGCAGCGGAACCCCCUCUGAGGCCAGCAUGGACGGCUCGGUUGGCGGCGCCGCAGCCAGCGAUGUUGGUGGACUGUCCGAUGUCCUCACCAAGCUCAUUCGUCUUAUUGCCCAUUUAGCGAUGAACGAGGCGGAGGGUGUUGCGAUCUCUCGCGCCCAUGAAACCGCAAGUCUGCUGGAGUUGCUUGCGGCUCUGCCGCUGGAGCCCACGCCACUCGGGAACGCGUCUCCGCUUGCGCUGGAGGAGCUGCGGCUUAACACGACGUCGGCCGUGACCAACCUCAGCUUCUACUCGACUGGCGACAACGUACUUCUCAACGAUGCGCAUGUGCUCCUUUGCCAACUGCUAGCCCAAGCUCUGACCUACCCAAAUGAGGAGGGCGUCGUCGAGGCUGCCCGUGCGAUUGGCAACCUCUCUCGGACCGCCGCGGCCCGGCAGAGUCUUUGUUCGCUGCACGCCAGCGAGGCUCUGCUGCUUCUCCUGGGCCAUUCAUCGGCAUCUGUGGUCAAUGCAUCCUGCGGGGCGCUCGUCAAUCUCGCGGGCGACCCUCGCUGCCUGUCGCACCUGUCUUCCCUGCGAGCUACCCCGCGCGUGGCCGAGGCUAUGCUGCUCCAAUUAGAGACGAUGCAUGCCGCCGCGUCCAGAUCGUGUGGGGAGGGCGGGGCGACGACCCAAGCUUACGAGGGCUACGGCGCGGUCGCGGCGGAAGCUGCACUGAUGGCAGCCAAGACGCUGUGCAAUCUACUAUCGUCAGGACUCGACAGCGACACAUGUCCCGGAGAGCAUCUGCUCGAUUGGUCAGCUCGCCACGCACUGACCACCGCAUUGGCCCCCCUGGCAACCAAGCAAACACUAACAUGGAAGACAGAUGCGGGCGAGUGGCCGCACGUGGCAUGGCUCCUGAUGAGUCUCUUGCGGCCCGAAGGUGGGCGGGAGCAGGGGCGAGGGGAGGGAGUGGUCUGCAAAGAGAAGAGGAGAACUGUCGAGCAAGUCUGCAAGACAUGA